AUGGAUACCAACACUUCUAUUGGUAUUCAAGCAGUGCUGCUCGUCUUAGCAUUAGUGGUACUGAUCCUACGAUGCUGGGCGAACUUUUUAAUGAAGCAGGCUUUAUUUAGCUUGCCUGAUAUUUUUGCAUGGCUAGGUUGGGUCUUCAGCCUAGGAUGGUUUAUCUGCUCGACUCUUGCACUUCGAAUUCUCAUCGAUAAUCCUGCAAUUGGCUCUGAACUUGUAGUUAAUUCAGUAGAGUAUCUAAAGAUAGUACUAGUCGCAGAGUACUUCUUCGAUACUGGGAUUUAUUUUCCCAAGAUAUCUAUUAUCUUAUUCUAUUGGAAACUAAUCCCUGGGAUCUCAGGAUCCCUUCGACGCGUAUUGCUUGUAAUCACGAUUUAUCUUGGUUGCGCUUUACUUGUAUCAGUACUUGUAAACACUCUUAUCUGUUUACCGUUUUCUGACAAUUGGUCUAUCGAAAACCAGCUCAAGUCAGCAUGGAACUCAUAUGCUUCUUUCUGUGUUCAAUGGGGUCUCAACUUCUCAACGGAUUUACUAAUCUUUUUCUACCCCUUCUUUCUGCUCAAACAUCUGAAACUCCACCGAAAACAAAAGAUCGCCCUUAUUGGCAUUUUCUCUCUAGGCGCUAUUACGUUGAUAGUCAGCCUGUCCCGAUUUAUUGCCUAUAAUGCCACUGACUUUGAGCUAGAUGAUCAGUCUGGCAAUACCUUAUCUCUCGCCGAGAUGAGCACCGCUGUUAUAGUCGUGUGCCUACCUGGCCUUCGAAGAUUCAUUAUGCGAUCGAAAUCAUCCACAAAUCGCUCUUCGUCGAACCAACCCAGCGGCUAUGGCGUUCACACAAAGAUCACCGGAAGAGGCCAAAAUGCCGAGACCCCUGCGUCGCAAUACGCUAAAUGGGGUGUGAGAGAUGAUGAGAUUGAGCUAGUGACUCACAUUCGCGUUUCCCAUGAGCGGCUAAGUCCAGAUGAUACUCGCAGCGCGAGCGGACAAAGUGCAGUCAGUAAGACUUUCAAGGUAUAA